AUGCUGAACAAUCUUGGGGCCAAUGUGCUGGGCCCCAAGGAUUGUGAUCUACCCAAGGCGGCAAUUACAGCACUUCACGCGGGCGUCAAUAGCUUUGGCCAGUUGCCCGUCGCUCCGAACAUUGCGGAUCUUGGCGGAGGUGGAGCUGGACCCGGCGGCGGUGGUGCGGCGAGCAUUGGCGGUGUGGCCCGACUGCAUGUGACUGGGGGAUUGUGCGACAAUGGCAAUGCGCUGAAUGGUGCCAGCAGUCACGGCAGCAACAACAACAACAGCAACAGCAACAACAGCAAUAGCAACAACAACAGCAACAACAACAACAUGCAGCAACAGGAUCAGCACCUGGACAAAAACAAGCAGAAAAGACACCGCACACGCUUCACGCCCGCCCAGCUGAACGAGCUGGAGCGCUGCUUCUCCAAGACCCACUAUCCGGAUAUAUUUAUGCGCGAGGAGAUUGCCAUGCGCAUUGGCCUCACCGAGUCACGUGUCCAGGUCUGGUUCCAGAACCGUCGCGCCAAGUGGAAGAAGCGCAAGAAGACCACAAAUGUGUUCCGCACACCGGGCGCCCUGUUGCCCUCGCACGGCCUGCCCCCAUUUGGGGCAAACAUCACGAACAUUGCGAUGGGCGACGGACUCUGCGGCACAGGAAUGUUCGGCGGCGAUCGCUGGAGCGUGGGCGUCAAUCCCAUGACGGCAGGCUUCGGUCAGCUAAAUCAAACCUCGCCGCUUUCGUCCACGCUGAAUAGCGGCCUCAAUUCGGGCAUUAAUAUGGGCUCCGCCCUGGGUGCCGGCACCUAUCAGCACUAUGGCCUGAAUGCUUUGGGCGACUCGAUGAUGUAUCAGCACAGCGUGGGCGGGGGGGUAAGCUGCGGACCGGGCGGCUCCCCGAGCGCCACCACGCCGCCCAACAUGAACAGCUGCUCAUCGGUGACGCCGCCGCCGCUCUCCGCGCAGCCCACACAGAGCGAGCUCAAUGGCGAGCCCAUGCAGCAGCAGCAGCAGCAACAACAGCAGGCACACCAACCGCAGCAGCAGCAACAGGCUCACCAACAAACCCUAACGCACCAGCAACAGUCAGGAACACCAACACAGCAGCAGCAACAGCACGGCAAUUUGCUGCCGCACUGUCACCAGGCCAUGCAGUCGCCAGAUGGCGCCACCGACGAGGAUGUCUGGCGGGGACACAGCAUUGCAGCGCUGCGGCGGCGAGCAUCCGAACUAAACGCAACAGCAAUUCCUUCCUAUUUGCAUCACGCCGCCGCCGCACACAACAAUUACGAGCACCACAAUUCGGUCUACUGA